AUGCACCACCACCAACCACCGCCUGCAACCACCACCUCCGCCGUCCCUUCCCUGUACAUCCUCCUCGGCACCGCCCUCUUCUCUGUACUCCUCGUCCUCUCCCUCACCACCGCCCCUGCUCCUCCGCCGGCCCCAACCCAGCCCCACCCCUCGCUAUUCCCCCACCGCCUCUUCAUCCUCAACGGGAUAAACACCACCUCCGCCGCUGGAGAAUCACAGCCGCCCCCUCCCGCACCAUCCCUAGCCUAUUUCAUAUCCGGAUCCGCCAAGGACUCCGUUCGGGUUGUCCGGCUCCUUCACGCCAUCUACCACCCCAGGAACCAUUACCUGCUCCACCUAGACACUUCUGCUAGCCAGACCGACCGCGACGCUUUGGCUGUCACCGUCCAAUCAGUGCCCAUCUUCAAAGCUGCUCAGAAUGUUCACGUGAUUGGCAAGGCGGACAAUGUGUUCUCCGGCGGGCCGUCUGAUCUUUCGUCCACACUUCACGGUGCUUCCGUUUUGCUCCAUGUGUCCACUAAUUGGGAUUGGUUCAUAAACCUUUCGGCUGCUGAUUACCCUCUGAUCACUCAAGAUGAUCUUCUGCAUGUUUUAUCAUAUCUGCCCAAGGAUCUUAAUUUCGUGAACUACACAGGCUAUAUUGGCUGGAGAGAGUCAAGGAAAUUGAAGCCUAUAGUAGUCGAUCAAGCACUCUUCCUUUCAGAGAGCAGCGAGAUGUUUUUUGCCACUCAAAAGAGACCCCUUCCAGAUGCCUACCGAUUGUUCACAGGUUCAUCAUCGGCAAUGUUAAGCCGCAAGUUCAUCGAGUAUUGUAUUGUUGGAAUGGACAAUCUACCCAGAACCCUCCUAAUGUACCUAUCCAACACGCCCACAUCCUCCUCCGUUUACUUCCCUACAGUUCUGUGCAAUAUCCCUCGAUUUAACCGGACCACAUUCAACUUCAGCCUCCGCCACCUGUCUCUCGACUCUCGACACAGACCCCGUUUCCUAAACUCCACAGACUUUGACUCUGUGAUUGAGAGCGGGAACGCCUUUGCUGGGCCCUUCCAUCCGGAUGACCCAAUUCUCGAUCACUUGGAUCGGGUAAUCUUAGGCCGAGACGCGGGAAAAACAGUGCCCGGAGGGUGGUGUUUGGGGGAGUCCAGAGAGGAUAGGUGUGACAUUUGGGGCGAUGCGAAUGUGUUGAGGCCCGGCCCUGGUGCUACGAGGCUUGAAGGCCGGUUCGUUCGGACCCUGUCGAGCGAAACGGGCCGGUGUGUGGAAGAAUGA